GCUGUCUCUCAGAUUGCAUUUGCUUUCACGGAUCUGUUUAGUACUGAAAGGGAAAGGGGGAGGGGGAAAAAAAAGAAGGCAAAAGUGCUGCACUGAAUGCGAGAUCAUGCAAAAGCUAGUGCUCUAUGCUUCUAUUUACCUGCUCAUGCUGAUUUCAGUUGAUCCGGUGGCUCUUGAUGACAGUAGUCAGCCCACAGAGAACGCUGAAAAGGACGGACUGUGCAAUGCUUGUACGUGGAGACAGAAUACAAAAUCUUCCAGAAUAGAAGCCAUAAAAAUUCAAAUCCUCAGCAAACUGCGUCUGGAACAAGCUCCUAACAUUAGCAGGGAUGUUAUUAAACAACUUUUACCCAAGGCUCCUCCACUGCAGGAACUGAUUGAUCAGUAUGAUGUGCAGAGAGAUGACAGUAGCGAUGGCUCUUUGGAAGAUGAUGACUAUCAUGCCACCACCGAAACGAUUAUCACAAUGCCUACAGAGUCUGAUUUUCUUGUACAAAUGGAGGGAAAACCAAAAUGUUGCUUCUUUAAGUUUAGCUCUAAAAUACAAUAUAACAAAGUAGUAAAGGCACAAUUGUGGAUAUACUUGAGGCAAGUCCAAAAACCUACAACGGUGUUUGUGCAGAUCCUGAGACUUAUUAAGCCCAUGAAAGAUGGUACAAGAUAUACCGGAAUUCGAUCUUUGAAACUUGACAUGAACCCAGGCACCGGUAUUUGGCAGAGUAUUGAUGUGAAGACAGUGUUGCAAAAUUGGCUCAAACAGCCUGAAUCCAAUUUAGGCAUCGAAAUAAAAGCUUUUGAUGAGAACGGACGGAAUCUUGCUGUAACUUUCCCAGGACCGGGGGAAGAUGGAUUGAACCCAUUUUUAGAGGUCAGAGUUACAGACACACCAAAACGGUCCCGCAGAGAUUUCGGUCUCGACUGCGACGAGCACUCGACAGAAUCCCGAUGUUGCCGCUACCCGCUGACGGUGGAUUUCGAAGCUUUCGGGUGGGAUUGGAUUAUCGCUCCUAAAAGAUACAAAGCCAACUACUGCUCCGGAGAAUGCGAAUUUGUGUUUUUACAAAAGUACCCGCACACCCACCUGGUGCACCAAGCCAACCCCAGAGGCUCGGCAGGCCCUUGCUGCACGCCCACCAAGAUGUCCCCCAUCAAUAUGCUGUACUUCAAUGGCAAAGAACAAAUCAUCUACGGCAAGAUACCAGCCAUGGUUGUAGAUCGCUGCGGGUGCUCAUGAGGUCCUCGCUGGAUCCACCGCUUCACACAUCAUGGAAGCUACCAAAAAAAAAAAAAAGGAAAAAAAAAGAAAAAAAAAGGAGAAAAAAUAGAAAAAGUUAUACCCCCACACCAGUGUUUCAAACUGUGAAGUUACGUACACAAGGCAUUGCCGACCUCCUGUGUGCUACCAGCAGCAGUUACAGAACGUGAACUAAAGGACAAUGUAAUUACCUGAUGGCUGCUUGUGAGCCAGCAAAAGAGAAAAGCUACAAUCAAAAUCACCGGAUUUAAUCUAUGAAGUUCUUACAUUAUGAGGGAAUCAAUAUUCAGUCAUUUGGAUGCAAAUUUAUAUGCAGCUUUCAGUACACAUUGGUAAUCAAAAGCAAGCUCCUUCUCACCUGAGGACAGAAGAAGCAGGCUUUUAAGUUCCUUUCUUCACAGCUUCACUUAAUGUCAUAUUUACAGGAACAUAUAUACUGGUAACAUAUACACCACUACACAAUACCACCAGAAUCAUCCUUAAACACUUGAAUAUAUAGUGCAGACUUGUGAAAUGUAUCAGAUGAAAUUCCACAUAAAUGGACAAACCCUGAAAUUAGGGAUGGCAUAGUGUAUUUAGCGUGUUUCCAUUCCUUUUUCUCAUUAGUGUGUUAGUAAUCAAUGGCAAUGGUGCUACGUAAGCAGGCUGAAUAAAUAGAAAGAUAGUUAUAUAAGUGAAAGAAUUUAGGCUUAAUAAUGAAGUUGCCCUAUCCUCAGGUACACUAUUCAACAUUCUCAAGAAAUAGAUAUUUUUUAAAUGAAAAGGAAUAGUUUUCUAGACAUAGAAAAACAGAAGGCAGCAGAGAAAUCCAACAUUCAAAUUGCGAUCCCACAUUUUAACCUGCCUUUGCAACAUUACCGUUUGCACUAUGGUAAACCAAUGCAAAUAGUUGGUUGCUACAGAUAUUGUUUUAAAACCACUUUGAUAUAACUGACUUGUGUAAUAUGUAUGCAUCAAUAUUUUGUAAAUAAAUGUUUAUUUUUUAAUCACUGUUGGUAUAUGUUCAUCACAAGAAAAGAACGACUUUAACCUGUACUUUAGUUUAAUAAACAAACCCCAAUAUUCUCUUCAUAAUAUAAUUUUCUGGAUUUUAACACAAAUAAUUGUAGGAACAAUGCAACAAAGUAAACCAUAUGUUGAGAAUUAUUCUACAUUUUAUAUGUUUUUUACAUUGGUAUGAGCCAUCUAGGAUAAAUGAUGGCUGUUGACAUGUUUAUAAGGUUCUUUGGGUUACUGUUUUUAUGGUCAUUUUGAUCCACAACUGAAUUUCCAUAUUUUGAAUGUUAUGUUCAUAAAUAAUCAUGAUACCACAAAAGAUUGCUAUUAAAUGCAUUUUAUUGUAUUUAAAA